ACCGCGGCCACGGGAAGAUGAGGGCAAGAUGGCGACUAAAACUAUCACGGAGGGCCCUCCUUUUGAUUGUCCAUCAUGGGGAGGCAAGCCACCAGUCGGGCUCCACCUCGAUGUGAUGAAGGGAGACAAACUGAUCGAGAAAUUGAUCAUAGACGAAAAGAAGUUCUACUUGUUCGGGAGAAAUCCUGACUGGUGCGACUUUACCAUUGACCAUCAGUCGUGCUCGCGUGUCCACGCUGCCCUGGUCUACCACAAACACUUGAAGAGGCUCUUUCUCAUCGACCUCAACAGCACACAUGGUACUUUCCUCGGGCACAUCCGCCUUGAGCCACACAAGCCUCAGCAGGUUCCCAUCGACUCAACUCUGUCUUUCGGGGCAUCCACGCGCACCUACACCAUCCGAGAGAAGCCCCAAAGCCAGGGAGGCGCCGGCACCGGGGAAAUUAAGAUUGGCGACGAAGACGAGCUUAAAGGGCUUCUUGGGCUGCCCGAGGAGGAGACGGAGCUGGAGAACCUGACAGAGUUCAACACAGCUCACAACAAACGCAUCUCCACGCUGACCAUCGAGGAGGGCAACUUGGACAUCCAGAGGCCCAAGAGGAAGAGGAGGAACUCCCGGGUUACCUUCAAUGAGGAGGACUCCAUCAUCAAUCCAGAGGAUAUCGACCCUUCGGUGGGACGCUUUAGGAACAUGGUGCAGACGGCGGUCGUCCCCAUCAAGAAACGCCGCUCCGAUGGCCACAACACGUUGGGUCUGGACGACUUCGCCUCCAAGCGUACUCACGGUUACUCCAUGAGCGGCGGUCUCUACGGCGACCUGCCCCCCACCAGUCACGAGAUCCAGCCCACAGGCGCCCCGGCCGGCGCCUCCAUGCAGGGUGGCCUCCCGUUGCCCUUCCCCAACCCGGCGCCGGAGGUGGACCUGGCCCCCGAGGCUCCCCGGCGGCCCGUUACCCUCACCCCCACCCCGGUCACGGUGCCCUACCUCCCAGAGACCCACAACGAGCCGCGCAAAAAGAAGUACGCCAAAGAAGCGUGGCCGGGCAAGAAGCCCACGCCGUCGUUACUCAUCUGAGCGGCUUGGCCCCCGCGUGCUGACUCUCUGGUACCGGCGGGGCGCGGCGGGGCCCGUAACCUGGCGGAGGCGACGCCAUUCCCUCCUCACGUCUUAUUUUAGCGGUCGCUUCACGUCCAAGCUCGUGGCGCAAAAGCCACAUACAAACAAGAUAAGACAACAUUUUGAGCCACUGUUAGAAGUGUGUGUGUCACAGACUAAAAUAAAUUUUUUGUUUUUUCUAUGUUUCA